AUGAGAAACAUUGAACCAGAAAGCUAUCCAAUCGCAGAACGAGGCUAUCCAAUUGCUGAAAGUGAACCAGAAAGCUAUCCAAUUGCAGGACGAGGCUAUCCAAUUGCUGAAAGUGAACCAGAAAGCUAUCCAAUUGCUGAACGAGGCUAUCCAAUUGCUGAAAGUGAACCAGAAAGCUAUCCAAUUGCAGAAAGAGCAGUAGGUGAUAAACUCUCUGCCACUUUUUCAGUACUCCAGGGUACAGUUGAAUUCCUUCAAGAAACCGCUUCUACCAUCACAGUUUCUGGACAAUUCACCGCAGGCAUCAGUGAUACUGUUACUGAUAAUUAUAGUGUGAAGUUGGCUGGCGUUGCAAAAACCUUCACUGAAUUAGGUAUAGUGAACAAACCACCUGGUACUGACCCUUUUAAAUACAGUACUAUUGGAGUCCUUAGUUUAAUAAAAGGUAAACCUGUUACGGUUUCUUACAAGGGUAAUCCUCUCGAUAGUGCAGUUAUUGGAUAA